AAACUCCCAGUAUUGAAAAGCUACUAUCAAAGGACUGGAAAGACAAGCUUCUUGCCAUGGGAUCAGGGAACUUUGGAGAAAUAAAAGGGACUCCAGAAAGCCUCGCUGAGAAAGAAAGGCAGCUCAUGGGUAUGAUCAAUCAGCUGACCAGUUUGCGAGAACAGCUGCUCGCAGCUCACGAUGAACAGAAGAAACUGGCUGCAUCACAGAUCGAGAAACAACGCCAACAAAUGGAGCUGGCUAAGCAGCAACAAGAACAGAUUGCAAGACAACAGCAGCAGCUCCUGCAGCAGCAACACAAAAUUAACCUUCUCCAACAACAGAUCCAGGUGUUGAAAGUCUGGAAAUUUUCAACACUUCGGGUGAAGUUUUGUCUGAAGAAGAAACUGGUCGCAAG